UCAUAAUGCGUCCUGCUUCGCGCUGUGCCGUGCAUAGAUCGCAUAAAUAUCCUACAUACAACCUGACGAGCAGCUGCUAACAGCCCCGGCGUUCCACCGUCAUACGGUAAACUGUCCUUACUACGCGAAAGGCUUUGAAGCGAACAGGUUUCAAUGCUGUAUUAUCCGAAGAUUUACGCCGUGUAUUAUCGGUGUUGUCUGUUGGCAACACGAAAGUAGUAUUGUAACAACGGCAUUCGCGGAUAAGUCAACACGACAACUGAGAAUCCGACGACGAGGGCAGUCGACAGAGGCAUCAUGCCGACAGCGGAUUGUUCCCGACAGCACGACGGCGGAGUGGAUGACACCACCAAAAAACAUGCCAAUAACACAGCGACUCAUCCAGGGUCAGCGGGAAGCCGAAAGGGUAUCGUGAACGGUGACGCGGGAAAUCUCCCAGAUACGCAAAUCUCUAACAAACCCGAUUAUGACAAGAAAGGCUCAAACGAGAACGUGUCUAAGAGUGAUUUAGGACGAAGGUCUGCCAGUCCGGAAGCCAAAUCCAGUCCCAGUAAAUCAACAGGUAGACGGCAGGUUAGUUUUGAGAGUGGUGAUCCGAGGAGAGCGGAAGACAAGGGGAAAGGACAAGCCAAUGACACCCCGAAACACGGUAACCAACAGAAGGGAGGAGACCGCCCUGGAUCGGGCUCCCAAACUGUCUACACUUUAAGGAAUGAAGGAGAGAUUGUAAACAUCAGUACGACUGAUCAACCUGGAACUGUAGGUGUUGAGGAGGAUUCGGAGGAGGAGGAAGACGAAUCGGAGGAGGAUUCGGAGGAAGAAUCAGAGGAGGAAACGGCAUCUGAAUCCGAGACAGAAGAAGAUACUAUGGACGGAAAAGAGGAAGGAGGUGUCAGUGGAGACAGUGGUAUUGUGUUAAAUCCCGACGAGAGACAGACUGACAGCGCAGUAUCACAGCAUGACGAUCGUCCACAGACAGAUAGUGCGGCAUCACAGCAUGAGCAUCAGUUCUCUGCCAGCUCUGAAGCUUCAUCUCCCGAGCAUCAGUCACCUGUACGGCAGGGUCGAGGGGUCAACAAGGACUCUCUGGACCUGCAGAAUGCAGCCUCAGCUAUUCAUGACAUGCAGGACAACAUUCAGGGAUUACUGUGCCGUGCCAAGACCAUUCUGGGAACUUACCACACGGAGUUGUCAGCAAAGCCUCUGAAGGAUUUCGUGCUGGAAAAGGAGGAUUUUCAUGACAACUUUGUCGCCAUCGGCAACAUCUAUUCAGAAUGUGAACACGUGACGUCAUCAAUUAACAAACAGUUGAAGGAAUUACGUCAAACUACCAAUGAGAUGUGCAGGCUCAUCAACCGGAAGUUCAGAGAGGAGGACCUGGCAUCAUGGGUAGAUGUAGCGGGUGAUGAAGAUGAGAGAGAAUUCCGUCUAAGAGAGGAAAGGACGGCUCAGGAAAAGGCUGUACUUGCAAAAGCGGCAGAAGCACGCGCAGCCCUAGCAAAGGCUACGAGUGGUGUCGCGGAAACACAGGGGAUCAUUGCUCAGGCCGAGGCCGACGCAGCGGAAGCAGAAGUCACUGCCAAAAAGGCACGUGCACUUGCAGAUGAUGCUAUCAAAACAGCUGAAGAAGCGAAACGAGCAGCGGAGGAGAAGAGAAAGGUGGAAGAAGAGGCGCGGAAGAAGGCUGACGCGAAGGCAAAGAUAAAGGCAGAAGAAGAAAAGAAGAAGCGUGAGGAAGAGGAGAAGAGGCUGGCAGAAGAAGCGAAGAAGAAAGGAACAUCUGUGGACGAAGAGAGGCAGAGAGAGAUGGAUGAGAGAGAGGCCAAAGAGGCGGAGAGGAAGAAUCCGAAGAACUGGCCUCGAUACAUAUACAGUAUUGAGGGCGGUGACUUUGACCCUGGUGUUGGUUGUAUCAUCCGGGCAAUAGCUGGCAGCAUGUCACGUGACGACGUGGAGGUGAAACGAUUGGACCAACUUUCCGGAGUUUUGUCUUUGUAUGAAAAUGAGGAACUCAUCAGCAACAUUGUGCAUGUGCAGCCCAACGACAAAGAGAAAUCCUUCACGUUUGAUGAACCAUUUUCUAUCGCCAUCCCCCACUGUGCCCCGAGGUCUGGGCUGGGCAGGGAACCCGUCAUCAAGAUGUUACAAUCCAAUGGACGCUGGGCAGAUAUGCCUACCAACGACGUCCACUUCGAGGACAUUAAGGAACUGCGUUUCGUUGAGGCCAGGUUGAAGCGGUUUGGUACUUUCGCCGUCAUCUACAAGAUCAAGAAGGAUGUGCUGAUGUUCACGAAGAAAGGGGGCAAAGUGACAUCCUCAGUCGACUCCCGCGUCACUUUCAUUGCAAAGCCGAUGUGUUUCAGGCAUAAUGCUAAUUUCACACUCGAGGUUCAGUCAGUGGACAUAUCAUUAGUUUCGGAUCUCCGCAAAAAGCGGUCCGAGUGCUCAAUGUUCCUUGCAUCAAGUCCUAUCAUCAAACUCGGAAGCCCUCAUAAGAAGUUCCAAAAACCAGUCACAGUCACACUUCCUGUUCCCCCGAACCCCUCAAGGCUCAAGAGGCCUGGGACGAGCGUAAACAGGGAAGAGACGACGGACAAAAUAGAUACUCGUCCGGCCACUGCCAAACCAGGAGUCACCUUCACCAAGAAGGAAGAGGAGACACCACUAGACGGCCUCCAUCUUGUACAUUGUCUCUCUGAUGGUACAUGGGCCAAGGUCACCAAUGUUACAUUAGUGCAAGCCAAGAAUAAAGACAUUGUAACGUUUGACAUCAACCAAUUAUACGAAAGGUUCUCAAUAAUUAGAACCAAGCUUGAUGCAACAAUCGGACAAGUUGAACAGAUCGCCACAACCCUCAAUGAGGCAAUCCCGCACAGAACUAUCCAGCUGUUCCUCCGACAACACAAUGAGAACCUCAGUGAGAUUGUCAUCUCAUGUUCUAAUGUGUCUCGUGUGGACAGGUCUCUCCGUAAGCUGGAAGACGAGGGCUUCGAGGAGGGACCAUCUCUUAGCAAGGAAAUAUCUGUGAAAGAAGGCCAAGUCAUUGAUCUCAAAUUCAGGGGAAACCUCCAACCGGAAACAGAUGAGUUUAAACAGCAGUUUGUCUUCAAUUCACAUAUACCAUGUCGAGUGGAUUUCACUGUUCAAACGGUCGAUGCAUUUGCUCAGAAAGGUUUUGACAGUUUCCGUGGAUUUGCUCAGUUGUUCACAGAAGGUUUCGUGCCCAAAACACUUCCUCCAGUGGACGACAACAGAGAAUCAAAGCGUGGGAGUACACAGAAAGCUCAGCCACGUGUUGUCAUGGUGAUAGGAGAGGUCCUCAUCUCGGAGUUACUUAUGACAAUACCAAAGCCCGAGCCAGAACCUCCGAAACGCUUGUUAACAGCGCCUUUAUCGAAUGCAUCAGAUGGCCCUGUUGAUAACGAACUGCUGCUUCGGCUCGCGCGAGAACUGGGUGAUGAGUGGAAGAAGAUGGCCCAGUACCUCAACGUCAGGAGGACGCGUAUUCAAGCCAUCCUCAGACAGAACGUCAACAACGACAACACACACAAGGUUUACGACAUGCUGACGACGUGGUCUAAGCGAUUACCGAGGGCAGUCGACAGGGUGGAUAUCCUGUGCCACGCUCUGAUGUCUUGUGGCCGAGGAGACCUGGCAGCGGAACUCAGAGACAGGAAAAUUGAGUUCAAACGUCAGCGAUCAUUUAGUGCUAGAGAUUCCUACCUGCGGAAGGCGUUUGUGAAGAUAGCGCGAGAUCAGAGCGUGAUAGCGAACUGGAAGCACUUUGCGAGGCGGUUGGGUGUGAGCGAGUCGGAUAUGGUGGACAUUGAGAGAAGCCGUCCCACCAGCCAGGACCGGUGCUACUCCAGCCUACAACUCUGGCGGGAACAGAACGGGGACAACGCCACCCUGGCCACACUCUCACAGAAACUCAGAGUCUGCAGACACAGACAACUUGCAAGGGACAUUGAAUCGAUUGCCUAGAUGAUCGUCACCGUGAAGGAAACAUACUCUCAAUCUAGACCACAAGCAAUAUGUCGAAUAUGAGAAUAUUGUAACAAUAACCUGUUGCCAGCAUAGGACAUAGCAACGUGUUCAUAAAUUGUCUACUAAGAUGUAUUCAGGAGAAUUAUAUCCUGGUAGGCAUGACUGUUAACAUUAGAGAGAAACAGGACCUAUUCGUGACAGUCAUUACAUACGUUGUACAUUAAUUUUGCAAAGGGAUAUUAUUAGCCCUAUUGUUAGGUUAACUGUGACGCUACUACGAGGUCAUUUUCUUAAGUUAAUUCAGUCUGUACUCUAAGAUACUCUUUGUAAAGUUAACUUUGUCACUACCAUAGGGUUAAUAUAUUUUCAGUGUGCUUUGUCAGUAUAGAAGCUGUUUAUCGUUUAAGAACAUUGUCACGUUUCAUUUAUGAAUUAAAAGUAAAAUGGUGACAUAUGUUUAGGCACGCUUAAACUUCCUUCAAAAUACUACAAUGCACAUGCUUAUACCAAUAGCGCACGGCUGUGAUAUAAAUGUACGGUAGUUUUUUUAUUUGACCUUCGGACGAUAUUUCGUCCUAUAUAUGUGACAAAGGGUACCUGUCACGUUUAUUGACAUAUAACGGUUUAUUUUUAACAUUUCCAGUAGCAAAGAAGUAUUGACUGUGUGAAAGUUAUUCGUCAAACUAUUGAUAUUUAUUUACUUUGUAGUACUACAUGUACAUGUAUUUUCAGUUAUGAUUUUUUUCAUAAAAGGAGAUAUUAUUAUAUUCUGUUGAAUUCCAAUUGCCAAAUGAUUCUCCAGUAUUUGUAGAUUUACACAUGUACUUAUAAAUUUAUAAAUAAUCUAUCCUGUUAUACGUUUAAUUGAUCAUAUAGAUGACCAUGCACAUGUAUACAGUUAUUGCAAUAAACUGUUACCCGUUUCUAGAAAA